UUUAAACCCGUCUCGUCCGUGCGAGCGUACACACGAAAUCAAACUAAGUGAUGAAUUUCUUUCCCGCAAAUUGUGUACAUUGGGUGUCGCGUCUUCCGCUGUUGACUUUUAAUUAUUCCCAGAUUAUCUCGGCUCAUGAGUGAGACCAGUGAAACCGUGUGGAAUGAGUGCUAACUCCCGUUGAUUGAAAUCGGCUCAGCAAUCGCCAUCGAACUGCAAGUUGGUUGCAAGUUUCCCGUCAUAAUUCCGCAUUAAUGUAUUCAUUGUGCGGCGCCGGGAUGCACAGCUUUCAGGAGUCGGUUGUGUCGGGGCGCAGAUAAGUAACCGUCAAUGAGACCGACCUGGAAAACGAAAUUCCUGAAAACCAGGAUCCGGUCACGAUGAUGUCGAUACUGGUAGUGGGAACGUUCCUGACUCUGCUCAUCUUCCUCUCCGUGGCCGGCAACAUCCUGGUGUGUGUGGCCAUCUACACCGACCGCGGUCUGCGGCGCAUCGGCAACCUCUUCUUGGCCUCGCUGGCCAUUGCCGACCUGUUCGUCGCCUCUUUGGUGAUGACCUUCGCCGGCGUGAACGACAUCCUCGGCUAUUGGAUAUUCGGUGCCCAAUUCUGCGACACGUGGGUAGCCUUCGACGUGAUGUGUUCGACAGCGAGCAUAUUAAACCUGUGCGCUAUAUCACUAGAUAGAUACAUUCACAUUAAAGACCCCCUGAGAUAUGGAAGGUGGGUGACAAGACGAGUGGCUUUAGGAACAAUAGCAACAAUAUGGCUUCUGGCGGCGCUUAUAUCGUUCGUUCCCAUUUCGCUGGGCCUGCACCGGCCUCCGCAGCCCCUCGUCUACAACGCCGGGGGCCAAAACUAUCCGACGUGCGCUCUCGAUCUCACUCCAACCUACGCCGUCGUCUCGAGCUGCAUCUCGUUCUACGUUCCUUGCAUUGUCAUGAUCGGUAUUUACUGCCGGCUUUACUGCUACGCUCAAAAGCACGUGAAGAACAUCAGAGCCAUCACGCGCCCCAUCGACCUCCCCGAGAACAGCAACACGAAGAAAAGCAUGAAGCAGAAGAACAAAGCGCUCCACAUCCACCUGCACAACCACCACAGCUCCCCGUACCACGUGAGCGACCACAAGGCCGCCGUCACCGUGGGCAUAAUAAUGGGCGUGUUCCUCAUCUGCUGGGUGCCGUUCUUCUGCAUAAACAUCGUGGCGGCGUUCUGCAAGACGUGCAUCCCGGACAUCACCUUCAAGAUCCUCACCUGGCUCGGCUACUCCAACUCCGCGUUCAAUCCUAUCAUCUACUCGAUCUUCAACACCGAGUUUCGGGAGGCUUUCAAACGAAUCCUAACCGCCCAUUACCCGGCCUGGUGCAAAUGCGGCUACCAGUCCGUCUCGCUGAACACUAACGACAAGUUCGUCACGGAUUACGGCACGAAAACGGUGAUCGUGAACGCGAGAAGGAACGGCUCCUUCGGCGAGUUCUCCAGCGAGCACCUCAGCACCGAGUCCGUGCACCAGACGCGGGUCAACUCCACCGAGCGCGACCUCUUCGGCGAGGGCGUCAGCGCCAUUUGACAGGACUGCGACCAUCUGCAGGACACGAUGGUUUAACACGGCGCAGGAUGGUCUUCUCAAAAUGGCUGUGGAUUACUAAUUUCAUACGUAAAUUUACUGUACUGUCUCUCGCGGUGUCGUCUUCAUGGCUUAAGGCGGACGAUGGCUACUUCUAGUCUUAAAUGUGAUCGAGUCAUAUCAGUUUCAGUCGUCGUCAAGUAGCAAUACUUCAAUGAGGUUGUGAUAUGUUCUAGUCUCCAAACAGUUGUGGCACUAUUUGAUCGAGCUCGGCCAAAGAACAAAUAUUUACAUUAAAUCAACGCUCCGGAAAACUUUUAUUGAUCUAGCUCUUUUCCACUUUUCAUUGCCAAUAAAACAAUAAGUGAUUCCUUGCUUCCGUUGUCAAAUGAUUCGAAAUACGGUUGAAAAACUCUGUUGUUAUUUACUGAGCAAAAUGAGUUUCUCCACGCACACGUAUGAACACAAAAGCAACCACACGAUUUAUAUCGAUAUUUUCCUAAAUUUCCUAGAGACGCUUCCGUGCAGUUUCUCCCUCCUCGUAUGUUAACAAGAAAAAAAUCAUUAUAAUCGACUGCUAUUCGGCUAAUUUAAUUUUCUUUGUUAUAAUUCAACGAAUAUAAGAAAUCACAAGUCUACUGCUUGCAGUAAAAUGAAAAAAAUUUAGAAAAAACUGUGUUUGAAUUUGCAUUCGGAAAAACAAAAUCGCAAAAUUAGGUUUGGAGUUAUUAAAUUUUGUCUCCAAAACCAAACUCGAAGUUUACUAUUUUCGCCAAUUUCGUUCGAUUCAAGGCGUUUUUCUCAAAUACACUGAUUUGAAAAAAAUUGUCACAAGAGGAAAACCGCCUGAAUCAGAAUCGACCGCAAAAUUUUUCAACUUAAGAUAAUAUUAUUAGCUCAUUUUAAAGGCCAAUUAUUUUUGGAACGAUUCUCAAUCCAACUUUGAUGAUAAUUAAAUUUGUUGGGACUUUUUUGGAUAAGUGUUUGUAUGGUUUUUGUGGGUACAGUUCCCACUAUUUUAGAAAAUUUUAACUUGCCGAUGUAUUCGUAUAUUAGACAAAUCUCAACUUCCUGUUUUAAAUACGUAAUUAAAAUAAAACUGAUUACUUCAAUCGAAGUGAAACAGAAACUCGAUAGAAUAUUCGAAAACAAUCUUAAUUUUUUGUGAAAUUAUACACGUUAUUAUUAAUUUGCAAUCUAAUGUGAUAAUCCCAAGAAUUUAGAAAAUUAUCACUUAAAUAAUAAUGAAAAUAAUAAAUUUGAGGAUUUUUCGACUGUCGACCACGGAGCAAAAGUAUUCUAACAAAUGUUUGACCGUGAACGGUAUUCUUAAUUUAUAGUAAAAAAACAACACGUCCGCAGAUUUAACUUUCGUAUAAAAAAGCCGCCGAAAUUCGAAUUCAUCAGUUAACCAAAGGGGUAUAUGAUGCCACCGUUCAUUGCUUUAAUUCUUUAACAGUUAAAAAAUUAAUUGUUGAAUGGUACAGUACUACAAAUAUAUAAUCGUUUUCAAGACAUUUUUUUGAAAUCUUGAAAUCUUGAAAUUUGCGUUAUGCUCAAUUUUUUCAUAUAGGAAUUUACCAUAAAAACUAUUUUUUUAAAGACUUCAAUCCGAGAAUUACAACUACCUCAAUUAAAUUAAAUUUUUGACAAAAAAAGUGUGGCCAUUUGAGAAAAUAAAUUUUUACAACUUAGAAUCAAAGCAAAAUUGUAUUAUCAAAACAUGAGCACAUAUUCUUUACAGCAUUUUAUCUUUCACCAGAAACUGUAAUUUUCUAAAGACAAGUAUAAUUUAAGCAAAAAACUUGAUUCCAUAUUUUUUGUUCAACCUGUACACGGUCCGGCAACCAUAUCGCGAUCCAAAAGAAAAAAUUACACAUUCUCAAUUUUAAUUUUUUUUGUAAUAAAUAAAAAUCGUAGCAAUUUUGUGAGUUUUCGGACACUAACUGUUAAUUUAACAAUAAAGUUUUAACACUAAAGUCCGUUUGAUAGCUCUAUUAACAUUUAAGUCGUUGUUAAAAGUUAACAAAGUGAACAGACCAAUCAAACUACUUCAAUUUGGUCACAUCAGUUAAUCAUGCAUUUAAUUGCGAACUAAAUUAAUGACGGGUCUUAGAGCCGGUUUACAGAACAUUUUAAUUGCAAUCAAAUUUUAAUUCGGGAUUAACUUAACAUUUGUCAAUGCAUUUAAAUGACAACUUAAUUCGAAUUAGUUUAAUUCUAAACUAAAUCUUAAUUUCGCUUUCUGUAAACCAGCCCUUAGGAGUUGACAAGGGUUUAGAGCCCUUAGGGCCGGUUUACAAAAGCGUCAUUAAUUUAAUCCGCAAUUAAAUGCAUGUCCAAAUGGAACCAACUUGAUUGGUUCAUUCGCGUUGUUAACUUUUAACAACGAAUUAAAAUUUAAUGGCGCUUUUUAUAAACCGGUCCUAAGAGCCGGUUUACAGAACAUUUUAAUUAAAAUUAAAUUUUAAUCGUGCUUAACUUAGCAUUUGUCAGUGCAAUUUAAAUGGCAACUUAAUUCGAAUUAGUUACAUAAAUAAUUAAAUUAUUAAUAAAUUUAAUUAAAUAUUAUUUUAUUUUAUAAAUAAUAUUAUUAUAAUAUUAUUAUUAUAUAAUAUUAUUAUAUAUAUAUUAUAUAUUAUAUAUUAAUAUUAUUAUAUAAUAUUAUUAUUUUAUAAAUAAUAUUAUUUAAUUAAAUAUUAAUAAAUUUAAUUAAAUUAUUAUUUAAUAAUUAUAAAUUAUUAAAUAAUUUAUCGGUCUAUUUUAUUUAAACGCAAACUAGACGCGUGACUUAUUAGAAGAUGGUAUAAUUUGCCUAUAAAGGGAUCAUUUCGCAGUAUCCAUCCUUUUUGAAUUCAAAAUCGAAUUGGUAUCUUUUUCGCAUAUUUCGUAAACAAUUAUUUGAAGUGAAUACGCGUAGUUUAGAAUAAAAUUUAGAAUUUGACUUUUUAGUCCAAAAUUACUUUUUUAUUUCUUGUCUUUGUUUUGCUGUAAGUGAAAAAUUACCAAAAAUUUAGAGGAGAUACCUUUCUAAUGAACAGUUAGGUGUGUAAAAUGUAAAGAAUUUUUAUUUAAUUACAUGCACUAGGAUACAAAAAAUAUUCCAAAACGAGCAGAGAUCGAUUUUGAUUAGUUUUACCUUUUGCUUUGCUAUUAAUUUUACCUAAUUAUUUAUUAAAAAUGUUUAUUUCAAUGUAUUUCGUGACUCGUAAGUUUUAUUUCAUAAACAUUUGACUACGUAUUCUUCAAGUGGGCAACAUGUGGAUAAGUAUGAAGUAACAAAACCUCUAAAAAAUUCAUCCCCAUUUGUUUCCAAUUAAACGAGCAAAAGAGAAAAAUUAUGGAAGAAUUUGUUUCGUUUUAUCUGUUUUACUUCAACAUAAUUUGAUGGACGAUGUUGAGCGGAACUGAUGUAAAUUUCAUGCUUGUGUUCUUGAUAAUAACGGACUAAUUUGACUGUUUUCGAAUCAUUGGUGCAUCCUGCAGCUAAAUAUAUGAAUUAAAGUGUCCGAUUCAAAUGGUCUAUGACUGUUCGGACCCCCACAGCGGGACUUAACUGACAGGGUUUAAUUUAAAUAAAACAACAAGACAAUUUCUGCGAUUUAUUGAGUCGCCGGUUAGCAUAUCUGUAUAAAAAUGUGUAGAUUUCUGUAAAUAUCUAAAUCGAUGUGAACUUCUAUCCGAAAAUCUAUUGCAUAUAGAGAGAAGUGAAUGUUUUAUACCCUUUAUCGAUGUUAAACUAAUUGUUACUGUACAUACAUGAAUAAAAUAUAGGAGGAAAUAUAAUACUAAAUGAGAAACGAA